AUAGUUGUUGCCAUGUUGGGCAUGCUGUCCCCCUCCAGUAGAGGAGCCCUGAUGACCACUGCUUGCUUCCUCUUCAUGUUCAUGGGUGUGUUUGGGGGCUACUUUGCUGGAAGACUGUACCGCACACUGAAGGGCCAUCGGUGGAGGAAAGGAGCCUUUUGUACAGCAACUCUGUAUCCCGCCGUGGUUUUUGGAAUCUGCUUCGUUCUCAACUGUUUCAUCUGGGGGGAGCACUCUUCUGGGGCAGUGAGUAUCAUGUCAUGAGUAUAGACCCUCCAGAAAAA